CAUUCAGACUUUAUGUAUAUAUACUUCAAUUUUUAUUGGACUAUAUUUUAGGGACAUGGAACAGUCAUGAAUCUUUGAUCAUGAGCAGUACAAAAUAAAAAUGUUUCUGAACAGCCCUAGAAUUUGUAAACAAACAAAGACGCAACGAAAUUCGUCUGUGGAGGGCUUUUUCCUGAAGUUUGAAGUUUUGUAUGCUACUUGUAGAAGCUACAUUUACAGAAAAUUUCCUUUUAACUCAGCUUAUCAUUGAACAGACGAAAUGCACAAACGAAGAAGUAGAGACAAGAAUGACGUACAACCAUCUGACACCAACAUGAUGUGCGUGGUUCCGAAGCAAAACGUAGAAAUACUUGGAAGGGCAUUACACUCCCUUGCCCGAAUCGGAGAUGAGCUAUACCUAGAACCUUUGAAUGGAGGACUUACAUUUCGUACAGUCCAUUCCAACCAUUCAGUUUACGCUGAAGUUCAUUUUACCAAUCAAUUCUUUUCUUACUAUAAUUGCCCCGUCCAGUCCCAGGGUCAAGGUGAAGAUGAUGAUGCUUUAAAAUGUAGAAUUAACAUGAAGUCUUAUUUAGCGGCUUUCAGGUCACUUGCCUGUAUCAGAAAACAAGUUGAAACUUGUCUUCUCAAAAUUGAACCUACAUGGCUUGAGAUCAAGUUUCGGUGCCAUCAUGGUUUGAUUCGUACAUACCGCUUACCAGUAAUAGAAACAGAAACAUUACAGGCAUUGUACACUGUAGAUGAAGUUCCCAAUCAUUUGGUUAUCGGGGCUGAUGUAUUCGCAACUGCUGUGAAAAACUUUCAGAUGACUGAAAGAGACAUAACUUUAGCUGUUGAAGAACGCACAGCCGUUUUAAGAAAUUAUGUUCCUGGUGGAACAGAUCCAACUGGUGUAGUGAGAUCCGAGUUAAAACUUGAUUCUGGUGAAUUUGUCUCAUUUAUUGUUGGUCAACAGACUUCUAUAACAUUUUGCCUGAAGGCAUUUCGUGCUGUUCUUUUCUUCUCUGAGCCUCUAAAUCUACCUCUAGCUGUGAAAUUUUCGUCUCCGGGGAGCCCAGUUGUAAUUAUUAGUGACUCCUCCACUGUUGAACUACGGUUUGUGCUGUCCAGCCUUGCCCCAGAAGAUUGUGAUGCAAGUCGCUCUGAUUCACAACAACUUCUCACACCCAUUCAAUCAUCUGAGGGCCGAGAUCAGCAAGUACAGUUUCGGAAGAAAACUGCAAGCAAAAAUCCUCGCAGCCUUGAUGAAGCAUGGGGAGGUUCAAGUGGUGCAAAUUCUAGUAAAACAAAUCAAUCAACAACAGCUACGUCCAAUACCAAUAGACUAUCUGCUGUGCAAAGACAACAGGCACGAUCAGAACAGACUUUGCCGAAUGGAACAAGUCAACAAAGUACAACAUCAGCCACUUCUAGUGUUAGAGCUGUUGUUGGAACUUCUGGGUCAUCUUCAUCUUUAUCACGCCCAAGGCGAAAUCCUCUUGAUGGUUUUGAGGAAUCUCUCGAUGCAGCAGAGUCUGAUGGAGAUGGUAUAAAUGAUAUUGUUAUUCCUGCUUCAGACAAUGAAGAUGAAGAAGAUGAAGUUGUGCCUUCAUCUCCACGACCAUCAAAGAAAGCUCGGUUUUUCUUCCAACGCUGCUAUGAUCCUACCUUGCUUGCUGCAGAUAUUGAUGGUGGUCAAGUUUAUGUUCCUGAUACAGAUGAGGAAGAAGAUUAGACUAACAGUAAUUUUUUAUCUAUCAUUUAAUUCCUCCCCUUUGGGGGGUGCUCUGACUGUGAUGAACUUAAAGAAUAAUUUCAGUGAAGAGAGAAAAAGUCAAGUCAAGAACAACCUUAGAAGACUGUAACCACUUACACACUAACUUCUCAACCUUCACUUUCAGAUUUUAUAAGGUGUGGAAAAAAAAUAA